UUUUGGGCGGGUUAGUUGGGCUUGACCCAAGUUGAACGUGGUCUCUUCACGACGCCGUUUACUCCUCCUUCGUCCAGUCCAGUCCAGUUCAAUCCCCGGCAAAAUCUCCAUUUCCUGUAAGUGAGAGAAGAAUCAUCCCCAUCAAGUUAAUGCCAUGAGCGCCUGCAAAACCUUAUUUCGCUCCUCAAUUUCGUUUAUUGAGUUCAAAACUCGAAGCAGUUAUCGGAGAAGUUUCUCUUCUCAUUUUUUAUCCAAUUUCUCUCCUUUUAACGCACUGCGUCUACUCUCUCCUAAUCCAGGAUUUAGAAUCGAACCGUGUAGAGCUACUUCAAGACGAUAUGGCAGCACUCGAGGAGCAAUUUCGCUGGAAACUUCGGAAAAUGCGGAGGAAAUGACAGUUCCGCGUGUCGCCGUAGAAAUUCCGGAGGAAAAAUCGGAAGAUACAGUAGAAGAGUUGCUUUCCAAUAGAGAUGAUGUAACAAAAUUUAUGAAAAUGGAACGUAGGUCCAAUACUGAAGGCCAGGGGCAUCAGGACCGUUGGUUUCCGUAUUUGGAUAGAUUUAAGGCGGGAAAUGUGGAUUUGAAUAGCGCAGAGGUAUUGGAAGCUUUGAAUCCGGUUAUAAUGGAUUCGAGGAAAGAGAGGUUUAGACAUGCUGUGAUGAAUCGGACAUAUUCUGUAUGUUUGGUGGUGGAAGGUUUGAGUGAUUUUGGCAAUAUUUCAGCUGCAUUUCGGUCAGCUGAUGCACUGGGCAUUCAGUCAGUCCAUGUUGUAGCGUGUGACUGUUCGAAAAGGUACAGGGAGAAUCGUCAUGUCAGCAUGGGAGCUGAGAAAUGGUUGGACAUCGAACUUUGGGAUUCUGUCCAUGAGUGUUUCAAAGUUUUGAAAUCACGUGGUUAUCGUAUUGCGACAACACAUCUUGGAAUGGACGCAGUUUCUGUGUACGAUAUGGACUGGUCAUGCCCAACUGCAAUUGUUGUUGGAAAUGAGCUUAGGGAUGUCAUGGAGAUCUAACUAGUGAAGAGAGCCAAAUCUUGCUGGCAGAGUUCACUUUGCGCCACAGCAAUAGUGCAAUUAGGAUUGCUCAUGAAUAUGCAAAAAGAAAGAUACCUGAGCUUAAAUCAAAGCUGUGAAUAACUGGUCAAACUAGUUUCCUGAAGGAAGCUGUUUUAGCCUAUUUGCACGUGGGAACUUCACAGGUAUUUCCCUACAUAAGUGAUUAACAUUUUUUUCAAAUAUGACUAUAUUUGUUGUUUCGUGGUUUGCUCUUUUCUUUUCUUCUUCUUUUCCUGUCGUAGUGGAACAAAGUUCACAUGUUCGCUUUGUUUUUAGACUUUGAAUUACUUAUGUUUUGGUUUUAAUUAUUGUCAGUAAUAUGUCUGGAUAUUCGCCACGCUUGAUGCUGCUGACUGCCUGGUCGUAUAACUGAGCAGCUAUGCUUUUGCAUUUUUUGGAUAGUUCUGUUACAGCUUAUGUAUAGCUUUACUUUCA